CCCAGCAGCCGAUAGACGAGAGAGAACGCCCCCGAGAAGCCAAUCCCUCUGCGGAGGAGGCCCUCUCUCCCGUGGCACAGUUUUGCGGCAGCCUGUGGGAGUGUCCGCGACGAGCGGCUUCUGCCCCGCCCCCAGCCUUGGCUCCUGGGUUCUGGGUCCCCGGUCCCCAGAGAGUUUCCUUUUAGGACAUUAUGACUCUUCUCCUUUGCAAGACAGUUCAAGAAGCUGGCAGAAAAACAAACUCUUCCCACUCUCAGGGACUGUGUUGUCUUCAGGAGUUUGGGAUCAAGUCCAGCGAAUGAGGAGGCUCUGUUUGCAUCCUUUCCUCUCCAAUAUCCUCAGAGGAGCUUCGUUUCUAGCAUCUUUCUAGUAUUCAGGGCUAUGAUCCCGAAGGCUUGAGCUGUUUGCAAGGAGAGAGAAGCUGUCUCCUGAGCCCCAAAAUGGCGGCUAAGAUGGAGAUAACUUUGAGCUCGCAGUCCCAUAUUCAGGCUUCCUCCAAGCAAGAGAGACAUAUAAUAGCAAAACUAGAAGAAAAACGGGAGCCCGCUCUGCAAAAAGACUGGCCCGAUCCUGAGCUCUCUCGCCAGAGUUUUAGACGGUUUUGUUAUCAAGAGGUGUCUGGACCCCAAGAGGCGCUCUCCCGUCUCCGGCAGCUCUGCCGUCAGUGGCUGCAGCCUGAGGUGCACACCAAGGAGCAGAUUUUGGAGCUGCUGGUGCUGGAGCAGUUUCUGAACAUCCUGCCUCCGGAGAUCCAGGCUCGGGCCAGGCAUCAAUGUCCAAUGAGCAGCAAGGAGAUUGUGACCCUGGUGGAAGAUUUUUACAGAGCAGCCAAGGGACCAAAGCAGUGGGUGGCUGUUUGUAUGGAGGGCCAGAAGGUGCUCUUGGAGAAAACUGGAUCCCAGCUUGGAGAACAGGAACUGCCAGACUUUCAACUGCAAACUCCUAGUAGAUAUCCCAGGGAGAGCUCUCUGGAGGAGACGUCCCAGGCAGGAUCUCAGGAUCAGCGGAGCCCCCAUCAUUGGGAAAAAUCCCUGCUCCUCCAGGACCCAAUCCCCAAAUUGGCUGAGACAGAGGCCUCCAGAAUGAAAAGUGACAACAAGGAAAAUCCACAGCAGGAGGGGGCUAAAGGAACAAAGCCAAGCACGUUGUCAAUGGGCAGACCCAAAGGGAAUGGUCUGCAGAGCCCCGAACCCAGAGGGGCUACUGUGAGUGAGCCCCGGUUGUCACGGAGGCAGGUCAGCCCCCCACACACUCAAAAGCUAUUUGCUCACUACCAGAGACAUUGCAGGGAACUGGAAUACAUCAGUGGCCCCCUGAAGAGCCACCCACUGAGAGAGCUGAAGAAAAGCAAGGGAAGCAGAAGAAACCUGAGCAGCCGUUUGCAACGUCUUGGUCACCAGCCGACCCGCUCGGCGAAGAAACCUUACAAAUGUGAUGACUGUGGGAAAAGCUUCACAUGGAAUUCAGAGCUGAAAAGACACAAGCGAGUCCACACAGGGGAGAGGCCCUACACGUGCGGAGAGUGUGGGAACUGCUUCGGGCGGCAGUCCACCCUGAAGCUGCACCAGAGGAUCCACACCGGAGAGAAGCCCUACCAGUGCAGCCAGUGUGGGAAAAGCUUUCGUCAGAGCUCAAACCUUCACCAGCAUCACAGACUCCACCAUGGAGACUGAAAGCAGGGCUGUGUCCUCUCUGUUCAGAAGAAGGUACUUGCAUUUCUCCUUCCCCUCGCUUGCAUGUAAAUCACAAAGACUGUCUGCGUGACUU